CCCUCUUUCCACUCAUCCCUCAACCCACCUUUGAAUUUCAACACCCACCACCCCCUCCUUUCUCUCUCUCCUCUCUCUCUAUAAUUAUUGUCUCACUUUGAAGCAGAAAAUUUAUUUGAAGUUUUAACACACUCUUAAUACUCUCACUCUAAUGGCCUCACCUGAUGAAUCCUCUGCUCUAGAUCUCAUCCGCCAACACCUUCUAGAAGAUUCUUCAUUUGCAGAAUCCUUCAGUGCUACUACUUCCUUUGAUCUCUCCAAUUCCUCAAAUUCGCCCAAUACCCAGUACUUCCCACAAACUCCGAAUUUCCAAUCCCCUCCUUUUGAGCUGAAUCCUAGUCCUGCUGAACAAGACUUCUCUUUUGAUUCCACCAAAAACGGAAUUGAUCACGUCGAAUUCGAAACAAAGCCUCAACUCACAAGCCCAAGGACGUCUAAAUUAAGCGAACGCCGCCCUUUGAUAAACAUAUCGAUUCCGGUGGCGGGCCUCAAGAAAAUCCAGGGGUCUCAGCCGCCGCCGCCUGCGGAAGGCGGCGGAGAGAGGGGGCAGCAGCACUACAGGGGUGUGAGGCGGCGGCCCUGGGGGAAGUUCGCGGCGGAGAUUCGGGACCCGAACCGGAGAGGGGCCAGGGUCUGGCUCGGGACGUUCGACACGGCGGUGGAGGCGGCGAAGGCGUACGACAGGGCGGCGUUUAAGCUGAGGGGGAGCAAGGCGAUACUGAACUUCCCUCACGAGAUUGGGAGUACGGUCGAGAGCUAUCCGACGUCGGCGGUGGAGAAACGACGGAAGAGGUGCAGAGGAGGAGAGGUUGAGAGGGCGGAGGCGAAGAGGGAGAAGGUGGGGGAGAGUGACGACACGGCGGCAGCGGCGGUUACGCCGUUAACGCCGUCGAGUUGGAUGGAUGUUUGGGGAGAGUGGAGUGAUUUGAAGGGCAUUUUCGAUGUGCCUCCGUUAUCGCCGUUAUCGCCUCACCCUACCCUGGGAUACUCGCAGCUCGUGGUCAUAUAAUACCAACACGAACGAGGUCAUAAAAAACGGCGUUUACUAAUUUAAGGAAACGGGAGGUGGUUGACGGCGUUUACUAAGUUUAGGACCACCUGAUGCCAAAUGGUCUAAAGGUGAUGUAAUGGGGAACUAUACUAAAAGUAAACACAACAAAAAAAACUAAUGAGAAAAGAGAGAAGAGAGAGAGUGGAGGAGCGAAAUCGCUAUGAAGCUCGUACAUAUGUGAGAGAGGUAGGGUGGAAUUUUCUCCGUCUAUGUUUGGAGUUAUUUGGAGCAUAAAUUGUGUACCUAAAACACAUCCGGCGAUCGCAAAUAUAUCUAUGUUCGGAUCUGUACGGGGACAAUAGAAAUAUGGAUUUGGAUUAAUUUGUUUGUUUGCA